UAGUAUUAAUCUCGGCUUCCGUGCAAUCCUUAAACCUUCGUCUGUGAACUUCCAUUUUUGACUCUAAAAAAAAAACUCCUUUUAGUCUCCAUUUCUGUCUUUGAAGCUUAAAUUUUGGACCAAUUAGGCUUUUUUUUUCCUUGAUUUGAGAUUUGGGUUUCUUCUCCUUUCUUCUUUUUUGGUUCAGCAGCAGCAUGCGGUGGUGGUUCAGUCAAUCGGUUGAUGUGUUUCGAAAAGUUAUCUCUUUGAACUUGUAUUGUAGAGUGAUUCUGUAAUUCCCCCCAUAAUCAGCAAACAAAGCCCUUUUUUUAGCCAUUCACUCUUUAGUCUUACACUAUUCUAUAUAUAUCUUCCAUGGGAUCCACUUUCUUCAUUGUUGUUCCUUGUUAUGUUCGUCAGAUUAGCUGAUUAGUGAAUCAUCUUCAAAACCCAUCUCUCAAAUUUGUGUUCCAAAAGUUUUCAUUUUAGUUUGUGGAAGAUCCUCUUUGUAUAUUGAAGGGUUGGGGGGAAACGUAGUUAUGGUGUGCCAAGCAGCUAGCCAAACAAGAUUCCGGGCAUUGAAGUAUGAAAAUGGUAUUGCAGGGAGUGCCACCAUUGUAGUUAGAGUUAUAGCAUGCUUUCAACCUCUUCAAGAUUGCCAGGCUGAAUAUUUUCGUCAUUUGCUUAAGCCUGUUACGUAGAUUGGGUUCUUUAUAUUACAGCCAUCAAGUUAAUUUUAGUUUUGUUUUUUGCCCCUUGUUUUUUUGAGAGAAUUUUGAAGUAAACUACUAGUUCUGCUGCUACAACAUUCAACUUCUGGUGAUUGUUCUGGUUAGAUGAGAGAAGGCUGUGGAUUUUCGUUUCCAGAGCAGCGAUUCGAUUGGCGAUCGCAUGACUUGAGUUCUUUGGCUGCUCCUCAUCCUUUGGUUCAGCAAAAUACUAAUCCUCAACUUGUUAACUCUGGCAUCGAUAUGGUCUCGGUCCCGAGGACUCUGCCAGAUUAUGCAAAUCCUGGAAUAGUACCUCAAUUGCAGGUUGGCCAAGUUAACGAACCUUGUGGCUGGUUUUACUGUUCACCCCACUAUUGGCAGGGCUUGGUGCCUGCUUCAACCAACCCUUAUGAGUAUCACAAUGAAAAGAUUGUUUCGAAGGCUGGUUCGGGGUGUGCUCAGAAGAGAUUCCUUGUUUUUGAUCAAUCUGGUGAUCAAACUACUAUGAUAUUUAGCUCUUCUUUCGGGACUCCUAUCAAAUGCGCCACUUGGGGUUCAAAAUCUCCUGCUGCUUGUAACUUUAAUGGCAAGGAUCCGAUAACCAAAGUAAACCCUGAUCUUCACUCUGGACCGAUAUCCUCAAAUGUGUUUGAUGAGAAUGGGACCAAUACGCAAAGUGAAAUGCACGAGGAUACUGAAGAACUAAAUGCGUUGCUUUACUCGGAUGAUGAUAGUUAUUAUACUGAUGAUGAAGUUACAAGCGCAGUUCAUUCUCCUAGUAGAAUGACGGCUUGCCAGGAGCAAUUCGAGGGAGGAGGAACUGAAAAGGUUGCUAGCUCUAUUGGACCAACUAAAAAGCGAAAACUGCUCAAUGACGGUAAUGAUUACCUGCCGUUGCUUACAGACGCUGCUAUUUCAGUAAAUCCUAGCAGAUGUUCUGAGUAUGUGGAUGAUGCAGAUUCUAGCUGUGCCAAUAUGGAAUCCUCUUCAAGUAAUAAGAGACUGAGAAUCGAAAAAAUUCAAGAGACCGUGAGUGUUCUACGAAGCUUAAUUCCAAAUGGGGAAGGCAAAGAUGCAAUCAUGGUUCUUGAUGAAGCUAUUGAUUACUUGAAAUCCCUUAAACUCAAAGCCAAAACCUUGGGACUUAAUGCUCUAUGAUGUUGCCAACGCCAUUGCCACUCUUCUUAUUUGUGUUAGCGGUAGCAUCUAUCAUCAUUAGUUAUUGUUUAUUGGUACCUAUUAGUCAAGGCAUGGAUUUGCAUGUGUAGCCAUAUUAUUUGGCGUCUUCCAACAAAGGAGCGAAAAAUGAAGAGCCAAGUGAGUCUUUCUUCAAUGAUUUGAGUAGGAAAAACCAGUAAGAUUUGGGUUGGAAAAUCUAUAGAAAGCAGUAUAUUUAUGUCCCAAUAAAGGGGAGUGAAUCAUUAGUCUUCACCUUGGGGGUUUAGAAAGUAACACUCACGCUUGAGAAUGAUGGGGUUUUUAGCAGUGUGAAUGAGAAGACUGGUUAUUAUAAGGGACCCUCAUAAAAGGUGGCUAAGUGCACGCCGCUUAGGUGGUUAUUGGGUCCCAAUCUUCACUUUCUUCUUCUGCCCUUUUGUUUGUGUGUAUCCUCUUUUCUUUGAUGUUGAAUAUAUUGCAUAAGCAAAAGAGCAUGCAAACAAAUUUGCUUUGAAAGCCCCUUUCAUGGCCUUUUAUAUGGGGUAGUGUGGUUAUGCAUGUAUGUACGUAUGGUCCUUUUUUUCAUGUAUGCUGUCAUCAUGGGGUUUAACCAUAGUCUUUGUAGUGCUUUGAUGUGUUAUCAUUCAUGGAUGGAUGUAAUUUUAUAUAAUAUAUGGUUUGAGUGUUGUUUA